AUGCGUAGAAAUCGUAGCACCGGUAACCUAAUAGAUCCUUUGGUAGAACCUGAACGUUACACUCGAGCCCGUCUCUUUAUACGAAAGUUGAAGAAAGCUAUGGCUGAGGACCGUAAUCAAAGACCGCUUAAGGAAUUUGCCCAACCAUCUAACGAGGAGCCUAGUUCUAGUAUAGUAAACCCAACUUUAACAACUAAAAACUUCGAACUAAAGCCUGCACUAUUGCAAUUAGUACAACAAAACCAAUUCGCAGGUCUCGCUACCGAGAACCCAAAUCAACACCUAAAAGUUUUUAUCCAGUUAGCCGACACCCUCAAGGCAAAUGCUGCUACGUCUAAGGCAAUUCGCCUUAGACUGUUCCCAUUCUCCCUAAGAGGUAAGGCACGUGACUGGUUAGAUUCCCUUACUACCAACUCAAUAACAGCUUAG